AUGGGCACGCGAAAGAAAAUUGAAUCUCUCUUCGUCAUGGCUUAUCAUCACCAACAUGAUUGCCUCAUCCUCUCGGCUCUCGGUUGUGGUGCAUUCAAGAAUCCACCUACUCAUAUGGCUUCAAUCUUCAAAUCAGUUAUCCAACAAUAUGCUGGCUAUUUCAAGACAAUUCAUUUUGCUAUUGUUGACGAUCACAACACGGGCAACCAGCAUAAUCCUGAUGGAAACUAUCUUCCAUUCAAGCGCAUACUUGAUGGAUUUCGUGUGAAUGCAACAACUCAUGAACUAUGUGUUGGCAUGGCCAGUGGACCCUUUAAAAUCACAGGUAAAGAUCAAGAAAACAUGAUCAUAGAUGACGUAUACAUAUUUGGCUUGCCUCCAUGCCAAUAUAGAGCCGAAUGUUAUGAUUUGGGUGAUGUGCAGCAUUGUCAAGCAUACUCUCAUCCACCAUUAUGUCCUCAACAUGGCGCAUGUGAACAAUUCCUCGCCGACGGAAUGCAUCGGAGCUUCUUUAUUCAUCGUAAAAAAUGUCAACAUGGUGGUGAAUGUCUACAUAUUACAGACGAGAAGCAUUCUCGUCAAUAUGAACAUCCAGAGUUUUGUCCUGCUAAUAGUGAAUGUCUGGACACAAGUAAAGAUCACUUGUUUCAUUAUCGUCAUUUACCGAGGUGCAAAACUGGCCCUAUAAAAUGUUUGCUAUUUCUUAAACGUGACCCAGAACAUUGCCGUUCUUAUCGUCAUUGCAAGAUCACCUGUGAAUUUGGCACCUUUUGUGUCAAUUUUCACGAUCAAGAACACUUCAACGAUCAGUUACAUCCAUUCUAUCAGCCGUGUCCUUCAACACCAUUCUCAUGUCGGUAUUAUAGUGACUUUUUGCAGGCAAAAAAGGACCCUUCUGCAAAGACCAGACCAGAAGUUGAAGAACAUUGUAUCACCUUCUCACACGUUUGUCCAUUCGGACGACAAUGCACAGAUACAUCCAAGCUGCAUUCUUACACUUCGAUUCACAUUGCGCGAAAAACGUGUCCUGACUGGGACAAGUGCUCCAAAAUGAUCGACGAAGAGCAUCUCAAUUCGUUCACCCAUCCAAAAUUACCUGAUAUUCGAUACUUAUGUAAAUAUGCUGGGUCUGAAUGCUACUCUCGAACGAAUCAUGAUCACCUAAUACGCUUUCGUCAUGCUGGCAAUUACAAUCAUAUCGGAGUUGUACGCUAUUUCGGUCUCAAUAAGCGUGUUAACUUUGUACGCAAUCAAUAUACAAUGAUAAACACAGUUCGUGCCUAUGCUGAAGCUGAAAAAUGGAAAGAACCGAAGAUGGCCAUCCCACAACAACUCAUCGAAUGGAUUCUUGCGUUGCAGCCUAUCCAUCGAUGUAACAAAGUCAUUUUCGAAUCGAUUCUUGUCCAUGGUCAUACCAUGAGCCGAGAUUAUAUGAAUUUGUUAAGUGAAGCACAAUUUGUGGCUAAUGCUAUCGAACAGCAUAAUGAAGUCCGACGAAUACUCGAUCACCACAGCAACCAAGCGUUGCAAAAUCACGGUAGAGAUUUUAUUCGAGCGUUAGUGGCAAUCGAAUUCGACAAGGCUGCUCCGAAAAGCCUACUUCUGCCGAGGCGAUUUUCUGGAGUUCCAAAUCCGCAUGUUCCUGGCACUGUUCAUCACUCACCAAACCAUGAUCAACAGACAUCUGUGGCCAAUACGAAAGAAUUACAACUGAAAUUGCUUCUCACAGCAGAUGAAAUUACAACUAUUCGGACACAUGCCACACAAAUUGCACAAGCUUCUCUCCAGCUACACUCAAAUCCGUUGGGUAUUGGUCACGCACCCGAUCAGGCACUGGGCACUAACAAACAUGUUUUUAGCAUUAUGGGUCCCCAUUUGGGACAUUAUUAUGGCGAUAUUUUUAUCAUUUUUAAGCGUGAGCUCAUGUACCAUCCGGACUCUAACUUUUCGAUUCAAGCAGCAACUACAUUCGGUGCUAGCACCAAUGCAUAUAAAAUGAGACCAUGGCUCAAAGAUCCAGGUUCAGAUAUGGAUCGAAUCCAGCAAUUUCAUUGGAACAAACUGCAUUGUUCUGUACCAGGCUACGAAGAGGCAGCUGCUAUUGAGUUGAUGGCACUGACCGGUCAACAAAAAAAGACAAUGAAUGUCGAUCUCAAAGAUAUUCAACACCGAUGGGUGACUAUCGACUCUCAUCAAGUGUUCGAAAUGCACUUACCACAACUAAUACCUUUGGACUACAUCGAUCGCAUUUAUAUGCCUACAACUGUGUUUCAUUCGUUGACACCAUCUGCGCAGCAACUAGCUAAAAAAAACUUUCCAUGA